CAGUCUCCUCAGACUUAAAACCACUCUCCAGAAGCUUCUGUGCCAAAGCUUAAACCCUUUAAACUCCCCACCGCUUCCAACGAUUUUCGGACUGCACUCCUAAAACCCUACUCCCCCAUUGCAGACCUUUAUUUCUUCUCGCACGAUCGAACAAGCAAUUUCUACCGUAAUUCAUUCCAACCCUCUUCAAAUUUUUCGAUUCAGUAUCAUAAAGCGGUGUAGAAGAAGAUGCACAGGCUCUCUGGGCGUUCAGUUUCCACCAUCCUUCGCGCCGGUGGCUGCAGGCGUUGCCGCAAUGCUACUGCCUCAAUUUCUUCUUCCAACAUUUUCCACAAAUCACGAAUCAGUGGCAGUGAAAUUGAAACAAUUAACUUUGGAAGCAGCCACCAUUUGUUGAGAAUCCGUUAUGAAUCUACUGCAGCCGCAUCUGAUUCCUCUUCCAAUCCUCCACCUGAAAAGUAUGAGUACCAAGCGGAGGUGAGCCGGCUGAUGGACCUUAUUGUUAACAGUCUGUACAGUAAUAAGGAGGUGUUUCUUAGAGAGCUUAUCAGCAAUGCGAGCGAUGCCUUGGACAAGCUGCGGUUUCUUAGUGUUACAGAGCCAGAGCUUUUGAAGGAUGCUGUUGAUCUUGAUAUUCGUAUCCAAACUGAUAAAGACAAUGGCAUAGUUACAAUCACGGAUACUGGAAUUGGUAACCGCGAGGAACUUGUUGACUGCCUUGGUACUAUUGCACAAAGUGGAACAGCAAAAUUCUUGAAAGCAUUGAAGGAGAGUAAGGAUUCUGGUGGUGACAGUAAUUUAAUUGGCCAAUUUGGUGUUGGAUUCUAUUCAGCUUUUCUUGUCUCUGAACGGGUAGGCAUUUCGACUAAAAGCCCAAAAUCUGAUAAACAAUAUGUAUGGGAAGGAGAGGCCAACUCUAGCUCCUAUACCAUUCGAGAGGAGACUGACCCUGCAAAGCUCGUUCCUAGAGGGACUAGACUUACUUUAUAUCUGAAGCGUGACGAUAAAGGGUUUGCUCAUCCAGAAAGAGUUCAGAAGCUUGUGAAGAACUACUCCCAAUUUGUUUCUUUCCCAAUUUACACCUGGCAAGAGAAGGGAUACACAAAAGAGGUUGAGGUGGAUGAGGACCCAUCUGAGGCCAAGAAGGAUGAUCAAGGUGACAAGACCGAGAAAAAGAAGAAGACCAAGACUGUUGUUGAGAAAUACUGGGAUUGGGACCUUACAAAUGAGACUCAACCAAUAUGGCUUCGAAAUCCUAAGGAAGUAAGCACAGAGGAGUAUAAUGAAUUCUACAAGAAGACUUUCAAUGAGUACUUGGAGCCUCUCGCAUCAACUCAUUUUACUACUGAGGGCGAAGUGGAAUUUAGGUCCAUACUUUAUGUGCCUUCAAUUGCCCCCAUGGGAAAGGAUGAUAUAAUCAAUCCCAAGACAAAGAAUAUAAGGCUCUAUGUCAAAAGGGUGUUCAUUUCAGAUGACUUUGAUGGUGAAUUGUUCCCACGGUACUUGAGCUUCAUCAAGGGUGUUGUGGACUCCAAUGACCUCCCUUUGAAUGUCUCGCGUGAAAUCCUUCAGGAAAGUCGUAUUAUACGUAUCAUGAGGAAGCGCUUGGUCCGCAAGGCAUUUGAUAUGAUCAAUGGAAUAGCAAUGAGCGAAAAUAAAGAUGAUUAUGAUAAGUUCUGGGAGAACUUUGGCAAACACAUUAAACUGGGCAUCCUUGAUGAUAAAGAAAAUCACAAGCGCCUUGCGCCACUCUUGCGAUUCUUCUCAUCUCAGAGUGAGGAUGUUCCAAUAAGCCUGGACGAGUAUGUUGACAACAUGAAGCCAGAGCAGAAGAACAUUUAUUACAUUGCUGCUGACAGUGUAAAUAGUGCAAGGAACACCCCUUUCUUGGAGAAACUUCUUGAAAAGGAUCUUGAAGUGUUAUUCUUAGUUGAUCCUAUCGAUGAGGUUGCUGUCCAAAAUCUUAAAGAAUUCAAGGAUAAACAGUUUGUUGACAUCAGCAAAGAAGAUUUGGAUCUAGGUGAGAAAAAUGAGGAGAAGGAAAAAGAGAUGAAGCAGGAAUUUGGUCAAAUUUGUGACUGGAUAAAGAAACGGCUGGGUGAGAAAGUUGCAGGAGUCCAGAUCUCAAAUCGCUUGAGCACGUCACCUUGUGUUCUUGUGUCGGCAAAGUUUGGUUGGUCUGCUAACAUGGAGAGGCUUAUGAAAGCACAAACUAUGGGUGAUUCCUCCAGCUUGGACUUUAUGAGAAGCAGGAGAAUCUUUGAAAUAAAUCCUGAACAUCCAAUCAUCAAGACAUUAAAUGCUGCAUGUCAGAGUAACCCAAAUGAUGAAGAAGCAUUGAGAGCUGUUGAUCUGUUAUAUGAUACUGCUGCUGUUUCAAGUGGUUUCACUCCUGAAAAUCCUGCACAGCUUGGGGGAAAGAUCUACGAAAUGAUGAGCAUGGCUCUUUCUGCAAAAUGGGGAACAUCUGCUGGCGAGUUCAAACGGCAAACGACCUCCUCAACUUAUGUCCCAGAGACAAUUGAGGCAGAGGUAGUAGAGCCAGCUGCUGAAGUGCAGAAAUAAUUGUCGAGUCGCCUUUCACAGAUGUAACAUAUUUUUGUCGCUAGGUAUAUUGGUAUUUAGAUUUGACAACCUGCCAUGAUUCUACUAGGCAGGUUUGAAGUAUGAAUCAGGUGGAACCUUGAGUUUCAUUGGCAAUUUUGUUCAUAGACUAAUUUGUCUGUUCCAUUUUUAGUCGUCUAAAAACAAAUACUAGUAUGUUAUUUAAGCUACGACUUUUUUGGUCAAUAUGCCUAUACUGUAGCCCAUGUUGUUUUCUUCCUAUUCUUUUUGGGAAUCCAUGGUUUUGUUUUGGGGUGGUGUUCCUCAAAGCAAACUGGUGAAGUACAAGUUUGUCUUUUUGAAAUAGGGGUCUCUGUUCAUUGAUCUAGUGUAUACUUCAAAAACAAAUUGAUAUUACGUUAUAAUGGGAAUUAACUGUAGUGGAA